UCCUUAGAAAGGUCACAGAGUUGGAGAGACAGCUGGUGUCGUGAGAGUGUUUUUAAUUUACUUUCAAUGUGUCAUGGAGUCUGCUUUUCUCUCCGUUAUCUUUGUUUCUUUCAUUGCGGUAUGUUCCUCUCACUCUGGCAUCAAAGACUGGGAGGAUGUUGUGGUGGCUCGAGAGGGCAUUCCCACCGUCUUGUUCUGUACUGAUACGACAGUGAAGGGUCCCGUGGUCAUCAACUGGAUGGUGAAGUCACUCGCUGUGGAUCAAUGGAAACUGGUUCUCUCAGCCAGCAAAAAGAAAAAGUUCCACGGUGGCGCCUCGAAGACGUCCAUGCGAUUGAUUGACCCUAACUUUCAGGACAGCGGGGUGUUCUCUCUGUUCUUUCAUCCCAGAAGGGAGGACAGCGGUCUCUACUCAUGCUUGAUAAAGCAACACGAGAGGAACGUGAGGGAGAAGAUUAUCCUCUUAGCCAUCCUUACAGUCACGGUUGUCCCCGCUGCACCUAUUCCUCAGCACAGCACCGUGCGGCUGAUUGCCCGAGUUAAUCCUGACUUCGCUGUCACCAACAUCACCUGGGCAACACCUGGAGGCAUGUCCAUGAAGAGCGAGAAAAAGCCAAACACAGGCACCGUGGCCAAACUGCCAGGGGUCCAGAACAGGGACAGCGGGACAUACGUCUGUACUGGUCUCCCGUCGGGUAACAGCAGCAACGGCCUUCUGGCCUUCUACGUGGACGUGACUGUUGAUGCUGACAAUGUGGCCUCAUUCACCAAUAUAACAUAUGAGAGAGAGAUCUCCACCGCCACUCAGGCUCAGACACCCUUCCCCCUGACCUGUCCUGUUGUCCAGGGGGACUGCGUCCGGCUGUACUGGCGCCCUCCAGACAAAAAGAAGCACAAUGACAUGAUUCUGGUGUACCUUUACGACCGCUGGAGGGGUUCCACCUUUAUGUCUGACAAAAGCAAGAGUCUCCAGUUCGCAGGCCCGCCCUACAACGCAGAGGCCGGGAGCUUCUCCUUUCUGCUCACCCCUGUUUUUAAAGAUGGCGGCCUCUACAUCUGUGAAGUGUUACUCAAUGACAACGCCUUCAGCUUAAGCACCGUGCUCAGCGUGCUGACAGUUAAAACCAAACCUUCCUCCUCAACGCUGGAAUUGGGGUGUGCGUACUCAGAGAGGUCCCAGGUCCGAAGUGCAACUUGGAAACACCAGGAUAAGACUCGCCGGCUGAAAAUGUUCAGCAAAGGUCCUGGCAGUAUCGCCACUGUUCUGCCCUUACCCGUCACUUUCGACACGGCCGGGAACUACACCUGCAUCCUACAGCUGAAGAACGGGCAGACCGUCCAGGCAACGCAAGCUGUCUCACUGGCCUAUAAAGCCUCCCUGCCCCCUUCUCUUUCUGCUUUAUUACUCCUGGUGCCCCUGGUUGCUGCGGCUGUCGGUGUGUUGCUAUGGAGACAGAAACACAUUUCUGAUCGAGGUAUUGAGCAGUCUCUGACUGUCCAGUCGGGUGAAGUGGAGAACAUCUAUGAGAAUCCUGAGGAUAUCAGACAGGCUCCUCCCCAGGGCUCAGUCUACAUGGAUUUGAAGCCAAGAGGAGAGGAUGAUGUCUAUAAGGAACUGGAGCGAUACUAACAUUGUCAGAGCUGAUCACCUACCCACAUCUCAUCCUCAUCCAACUGUCACAUCCACUCAGUUCCCAGCUGCAGCAAAAGGCCUUUAUAAACAAAAGUAACAACAGAAUGUCAGAGUUGGGAUUGGAAGAAAAACUUUAAUGCUUCAGGGAAAUGCAUGCUUUUUUUAUUUAUUCUAAGCUAUUGCUCUUGAUAAGUUCUUUAUUACUGAUUUGCUUUGACUUCACAUAGAGGAGAAGGGGGGAGAUUUUCACAUAAGGCUAUAAAAUGUGUUCCAAAUGUUUGGAAGUGAAUAUGUUAUAUUGUCUCUUAUUUACUUAAGCAUUUGGUUUUGUUGUUUAUCAGCUGUCUUGUUAUUCUAUAGAUAUCUGUAUUUAAGGAUAUGCACUUCUAAAUAAACGUGUCUGUAAUGUU